GAUUGGGCCCGGGCCGCCCCCCCAUGUGCUCAGUGUUUGCAGUCAGUGUCGGUCGGGUCGGUGGAUAGACAGACGGGCGAAGUGUUGUAAGAGGACGGAAGGACAGAGCACCGGGCUGACAAGGAAAGUGACACUCAAUCGCUACCAUGCCAAGAAAGAAGGUGACGGACGGAAGUGGAGGCAGGAAGCGGGCGGCCGGGAAGAAGCGAGGCCGCGAUGAGUUCAGCAGCGACGACGAUCUAGAGCUGGACGGCAGCCCGGGAUCAGACGGGGGCGCCAACCACAAGCGGGGACCCAACAAGGGAGGAGCCAAAUCCCAAGCUGGAGCCGCUGCUGUCGUCGUUACCGAACCCGAACAUACUAAGGAGAAGAUCAAACUUGAAGGCUCCAAAGCUAAGGGACAGCUCUUGAUAUUUGGAGCAACCAACUGGGACUUGAUAGGACGUAAAGAAGUGCCUAAGCAACAAGCUGCCUAUCGUAACCUCGGUCAGAACCUUUGGGGUCCACACAAAUAUGGUUGCCUCUCGGGAAUUCAAAUACGAACGGUGGCAUCGGGCCCCUGCUCAGUUACAGGUCACAACUCUGACGGGAAGUAUAUUGCCCGGGCACAGCGAAUCGAGUACGACUGCGAGCUGGUCCCGCGCAGGAUCGCCAUAUUCAUAGAGAAAACGAAGGAUGGCCAAGUCCUGCCCGUGCCCAACGUGGUGGUGCGCGAUAUAGCCUGCGGCAUUAACCACACGCUGGUCCUGGACUCCCAGAAACGCGUCUUCACCUGGGGCUUUGGGGGCUACGGCCGGCUCGGACACACGGAGCAGAAAGAUGAGCUGGUCCCGAGACUAGUAAAACUGUUCGAUUUCCCCGGCCGUGGGGCCUCCCAGAUCUACGCCGGGGCCACCUGCUCAUUCGCAGUCAGUGAGAUGGGCGGGCUGUAUUUCUGGGGAGCUACAAACACCUCUCGUGAUUCCACCAUGUACCCCAAAACCGUGCAGGACCUUUGUGGCUGGAAGGUUCGAAAUCUGGCCUGCGGGAAAAGCAGUAUUAUUGCUGCAGCAGAUGAAAGCACAAUCAGUUGGGGUCCAUCACCGACUUUCGGAGAGCUGGGCUACGGAGAAAGCAAAGCCAAAUCCUCCACCACGGCUCAGGAAGUGAAAACCUUGGAUGGCAUUUACUCCGAGCAGGUGGCCAUGGGCUAUUCUCACACUCUGGUGGUUGCACGUGAGGAAAGCGAGCAGGACAAAGAGCGUCUGAAGAAGCUGCCGGAAUACAACCCGCGCACCCUGUGAUCUUUUGACGCCC